AUGACAGAGAAAAAACGAAUCUCCAUAUAUGAUUCACGAGUUUCCAACCAAAUCUAUGAACAGCUCUAUGACUACAUUCAUCGCCAGCCCAAUCGAGUCUGUCUUGCGGACACUCUAUACGAGCAUGAUUUCCGUCGUGAAACAGAUAACCGAGGCAACAUAUACUUCAUAAACAACCAUACUAAUGAAGACUACGAAAUACUCCUUCCAGCUGAAAUAGGUUCAUUUGCAUGUGGAACCAAAUUGCAAGCUACCGGCAGCCGCUGGUUGGGGAGGCAAUCUGAGCCAAACUACAUUGACGACAACACGCCAGUCAAAUGUCUGUUAGCCUGCACCAUGGGACAACAAGCUCCAAAACUCGUCAACAACUGUUGGUACAACACAAUUGCAGAAAUCAACAACAUCAUCGAGACCGAAAAAGAACGAGACGAUAAAAAUGAAGAAAAUUUCAUCGUUAAAGACUGCCUCAGUUGCACGACCUCUGACAACACCGAUCCAGACGUCAUCAUGGUCCACACUCAACGACUCUAUGACAUCCCACGGGAACAGCGCGAUCCGAAGAAAAGCUCAGCAAAAGCAUCGAGGAUGCGGAAAAUCGUCCUUGACCCAAUUGGCUCAACUUCCACAUCGCAAAACACUGACAUGAGACAGGAAGACACCAAGAUGUCAGAAGAUAUAACGAACACAACCAUCACCACUGAGACAACGCAUCCACCGACUCUUCUUCCAGAUUACAGAGGUCCAAUCUUUUGUCAUUGUCGAGCAUCUCUGCGUCAACUCGACAUUCGUGACAAUGCAAAUGAACUCAUCACACCUGAUAGAUGGUACAGCAAACUACGUCAGGGCACUCUUGUUCUAUUCGCAGCUUCAAUGCACGGCUAUGUUCAAAAAGAACCUGGACAAAAAGGAAGAAAGACCUGGCAACUUGUCGCGAAGUCCAUCAAAGUUAUAGACCGCUCCAACGAGAGCAUUGAGCCUCGUUACCAAGCCAUCUUGCCCACUGGUGAAAAACACGGAGCAGGGCCAUCAGCUGCGCUUGCUGACUUCAAAAUUGAGAAAAAGACCCGUUCCAAAUGA